UCAUCGCCAGCACUAGCAUACCCGAAUAUUACAUAGCCCCCAGUCAGGCUAACGGCGUAGCAUACUCAUAGUUUGCUGCCGUGGCAGCAACAGCAGCAGCAGCUGCAUAGCGGACAGACAGGCAGAGAGUCGGACACACGGACGGACCGACGAAGGGACAGGCCGCCAGUGACUGCCAGCGCCUCGCCCGCUGCAAGCCACACAAGCCAAGCACGACCCAGCCCAAUAGCGGGCGGGCUACUGGUACCAUCACAACUACAGCAGCAGCAGGACGGCGGCUGCAGCAGCAGCAGCUGAAGGGGACGGACAACUUCGGAAGAGGGAGUGCUCGUUCACUCGUGCCAGAGUCUACGAUUCGUGUGCUGAUUCGUGUGUUGCGAAUUCGGUGUUCCAUCCUAUAGCUAUUACUACCACCGCGACUAGGACGGCGAUAACAACAACGCCAGCGCAAAAGACUUUCCACUUAUGAAUUUCUUAACGUAUUUUGCCAGUUGACCGAAGUGGCUGGUAAACUAUUGUAAAUGUGCCGACCCCACUUGGCUACCCGUUGUCGACGUCGUCCCUCGUUGGAACUGGAAAGUCUGUCUGUUUGUUUAUUUGCGUGUGUGUGUGUGCACUGCUGGAGCUAGUUUGUCUGAUGGCACUCACUCGGCCGAACUCAGCUCGUGCUAACUAUUUACCCUUUAUGUGUGAACAACAUCUUCGUGCUACUGUCGCAAGUUCGUACCGCCUGUAGCCGGCAGAGCGGAGAGCGAAAUACGUAUGGUAGCACGCAAAUGCCAACAUUUGCAAGAAUACCGUAAUAACAAUAAAACAAAUUAUAAAACAUGAAUGAAGAUCAAGCGCAGGCUACAGCGCAAGCUGUUCAGACGGCAGCUGGUCAUCAGCAGACUGUAGCUGAUGUUCAAAAUGCCCAGUUGCAGGCACUAAUUCAAAACGCGGCUGCCAACGGAGCUCAGAUCGUCAAUAGUCAAGGCCUAACAUACAAUGUGCUUGGAGCGGGUGCCGCUGGAGUCGGUGCUCAAAUCCAGAAUAUACAGAUCGAUGGGCAGGAAGCAAUCUUCAUCCCGGCAGCACUUACCGGCGGCGCCACCCAUCAGGUCGCUCAGGCCGCCGGACAAAUCGUUCGACCCGCAGGCGGCAGUCCACAGACGGCCACAGCCACAGCCUAUCAAAAUGUCACCAUCCGAAACGGUAAUACGAUUCAGACAAUCCAAGUGCCGGUUGCCGCUCCGGCCGUUCAACAGACAACGGUCGUCCCGAUGCAGGUUCCGGUGCCGACAGCGAGCGGUCAGACUCUUUAUCAGACAAUACACGUACCGAUACAGAGCAUCGGUGGCGUUGGUGGACUCGGGCUGGGCAGUGUGGCGACAGGGGUUGGAAUGGGCGGGGUUGCUCAGGUAGCUGGAAUGCUUGCUCACGCUGGACAACCAGUCGCGUUGCAGCAGCUUGCGGGCUUGACAGCUGCAGCACCCCAGGCGCAGAUCGCCCAGAUUCAGGUCCAACAGCAACAGUCCAGCCCAACGACACCAAGUUCAGUUGGAGCGACAGUGAGCACGGCGAACGGCAGCACGGCGGCGGCGGCGGCAGCUGCGAGUCAGACACAGGCAGUACAGACCGUAGCGAGCGUAGCGGGCGUUCAACCUGUUACACAGGUACAGCAGGUCGCCAAUGUUCAAUCGAUGCAGCAAUGGGCUGCAGAUGCAGCAACAGCGGCCGCUUUGGCUCAGGCUCAGGCUCAGGCUCAAGCUGCGCAGGUGGCAGUUCAUCAACAGCAUCCGACGGUUGCUCUUCAAUUGCCAAAUGGUCAGAUCGUCCAGGGUCAGCAGGUCAACUUGGCCGGCGGUGCAACAAUGGUCUACCCCGGUGGUGGCGGAAUGAAUAUGGCCGCUGCUGCUCAAUUGGCAGCUGCGGGACUCCGGUCGCCAGGUGUAAUCCAGCUGGCGAAUCUGAACGGGGUCCCUGUACAGAUUCAAGGCGGUGCGAGCCAACAACAACUUCAGCAACUUUUACAGGGAAAUGCUGCAUUACAAGCUCUAGGCUUACAAACAGCUGGGCCUCUAUCACCAUUGCAGACGAUUCAGAUAGCUGGCACCACGGCAGGUGGUCAACAGACGAUCGUUGCACAACAAUUACAACAAGACCCUAACGAUCCGACGCGGUGGCAAGUUGUCCACGUUCCGCAAACGGUUACACAAGCUCAAGCCACAGCGGCCACACAUGUUGCUGUAUCGCAGGCAGCCACUGCAACGGUGACACCGACGACCGUCACUGUUCAAGCGACGCCCCAACAGCUGCAAGCGGCUGCGGCAACAGUCGCAGCAAACGCAGCAGCUGUCAACGGUGGAGACGCAGCUGCCGCUGCCGCUGGAACGGAAACUGGUCCACAACAGAUCGUUCUCGUAGCGACCGGAAGUGGUGAAGUUGUGACAGCUUCGGCUGCCGCCACGCCGACUGUAGCCACAGCUGGCAACGGCACAACUCCUGCGGCAGCGACAAUUGCUCCUGUUACAUCUGCGACGGGAACUCCGUUGGCGACAGGUGAGAGGCGGUUGCGCCGCGUCGCGUGCACCUGCCCCAACUGUCGAGACGGAGACGGGCACAGGACAAUUCGGCCUAACGGCGAAGGACCCGGUCGGAGACAGCACAUCUGUCACAUCGCAGGCUGCCAUAAAGUUUAUGGCAAGACGUCACACUUGAGAGCCCAUCUCAGGUGGCACGCAGGCGAGCGACCAUUUGUAUGCGACUGGCUGUUUUGUGGAAAGGGUUUUACGCGCUCUGACGAGCUGCAACGACAUAAAAGGACCCAUACAGGCGAAAAGCGUUUCCAAUGUGCUGAAUGUCGCAAGGGUUUCAUGCGAUCAGAUCAUCUCAGCAAACAUCUCAAGACCCACCUUGCGAGCAGAAAUGGCCUUACGUUUGAGGGAGGAGAUUCUGACAUGGAAACCAUUGAUCAUAUGGACGCCAACGGAAACGGCGUUGUCGAGGCGAAUGGCGCAGGAAGUGCGGGCGCCGCCGGCGGACAUACGUCAAUUGUAACGCUCAACGCCGACGGAACCACGGAAACAACGACGGUUCCUGUAGGUCAAGCGGUCCAAGUUGCUGGAAGUGUCACAAUCUCUGGAGCGAUGGGGGUCACUGCGCAUGAUGUAGGUACAGCUGGACCAACGGCGACGAUUAUGCACGUAGUGAAGCACGAGGACGGCCAGCCACUGCAGAUCAGCGACGGGACCCGUAUACAUGAUGUUGUUCAGAUUCGCGCGGAGGACGGGACCACGCAGCUGCAGAUUGUGCAGACGACCGCGGCUUAAAUCAACGUAAUCAACUAUUAAAUAUGUAUAUAUAGACAGCAAACAUCAUGAACCAUUUUUUGAUCACCAAUUGUUCUCUCACCGAAAAACUAUAACAGGUCAUCUCUGAUAUUACACACUGUAGAUAUUCACAUAUCGAUGUUGAAAGGGAACAUCUCGAACUUUCAACUUGAACGCGUUAAUACGCUAACGGGCAUAUGCUUCAUCUUGGACACGAGGAGAAUAAUUAUGCAUCGGUCUGUUCAGUCUUUGGUAUGCAUGGAUCAAUCUCCUGGAAGAAGCGUUACGAUGAUUCAACGGAACCACCCGUCACAUGAGAAUCCUGAGAGACCUGGCUCAGUCCACAUAGAGGAAAUGGCAAUCUGUAAAGAUAGAUGAAACCUCAACACCUGAAAUGCCUAUAGUAUGUACCAGCUUUGGACCGAAAGUGCAGUCCUACCGCGCUCAGAACGGUAGCCACUUUAGCUGAGUAUCAAUUAAUUUAUUAUCAUUAUGGAACGUUUUCUGUAUGUACGUAAAUCUUGUAUUACCUAAAAGAUAUAUUAAGCCCGAACACUGCCACGUGUAUGAUUCAGUAGAAGUGUAUGUAAAUGACUAUCGAUAGGCCUAGGCCGAGAUGUCAUGGUACAAAGUUUGGGUUGGAAUUUUUCGAAUCUGCUGUCCUAAGUUUUCCCUUUCGACGAUGUUGUUGUUUAUCUAGCUGUUGUAUAAUAGGGACGACAAUGUUACGCGCUGAUUAAUCAAUGUACUGGGUACAGAAUUCUCUGCCUAUUUCAUGUAAAGAUGGUACACGGUAUCCGUAACACAAUGAGGUCAGUAAUGGGCCAGACAGUAGAGACUUUUAACGUUUGAGUGGGCCAAGGGACCCUGAAACUUUUGUGUUAACAAUUUUUCUAACCGCGACGUGUAUUCUCAAAUGUAUAUACGUAGUCUCCUUUCUGCUUCGUUGUCACUUUUAAGGAUAACUAGGCCCAGGCUUUCGCUAGCGAGGAACACACCAUCGCUUUAGCAUAUUAAUUCGACAUGCCUCUAUAUCGAUACUGACUUCGUUGGGAAAGUACAUUCAUUGUGUAAAAACUUUUCUAGGACUAGGGAAAAGAUGGAAAAAUUACUACAACCGAAUCCUUUCGAUUGUGAAAUAAACUCAUGAAUUAUUUAUAGAUAAGAUAAGCACAACGUAUCGUUCAGACAGUAUCGAACGACAAAAGCGGCUGUUUCUUAGGGUACGAAAGGCACCAGAUAGUCGGCUAGCAUUAGCUCGAGUGAUAGAUAGUUUUUUGGCAACUACUCGAUGCAGCCUUUACGAAUUCGUAGCAUUUUAUUCGAGGAAAUCUGGAAUAAUCAACUCAACGUACACUUAGCCCCUGUAGUGACAGUGUGUGUCUUCUCUAAACAGCCAUUGUCGUUGUAGGAAGAAUCAGGAAAAAAGUAGGCUUACAAAAUGAAUGGAUUUGGAUUUUUCCAAGGUUUACUGUAACGGCAUUUAAUAAUCACAGAUUUCUGAAAAAGUGGAAACGUUUUGAGGACGCGAAGCGAUAGCUAUCUUUAUGGGUGCAAACUUGCGUGUUCAGCUUUCUGUUUGUUGUUAUGCGAUCAAUGUUGAAGCAUGACAAGCGAAGGAUACAAAUGAAAGAAUUAGACAGGUAAGAUAGCGGAUUUAUUAUUAUAGAUUUUUUCCGACGGACAGUCGCAGCUUUCGAAACAAAAUUAGGUAAACAAGCGCUACAUUUAACAAAGUAAUUAUUAAUUUAAAACGGAUGCGAAGAGAGUGUAUAACAGGCAAUUUGAAGCCCUUAGUCCGAUGAAGACAUAGUCGCUGGCCAUACGUCGGACAGAGCCUGGUUAUGUUAUAUCUCAUAACUAUUUAGCCUUUCAUUUUUAUGAUUAUCUAAAUGCGGUUAUUACCGCUAUUGUUAUUCAUCUAUAUUUAUAUACUAUAUAUAUAUAUAUAUAUAUAUAUAUCUAUAUAGUAUGCAAAAAAGAACAUACGAUGUAAUAAGUUGAAUGUUGUAAAUUGUAUAGUGUAAGAUGUAUAGGAGACGUAUGAUGACUGAAUGUGUCUCUGAAUUGUACAUGACUAUGACGUUUGUUACCUAUAAUGCUACAUAAAAUAUAAUAAGGUUAUUAUUUAUUCUGAGCGGAAAGUCUGCGAUAAAUGAAGAGUGUGACUUUCGAUACAAAUGAAGCUAGAACAAGCAAUCGGUAGUGGUUGUUUUUGUUAAAUACACAUACAUAUAGGUUUCUUUAUUCCUACAAAUUUUUUAGUAGGCAUAUGCCGUGGAUGUUGUAUUGUUUUCAAUUACAGC